AUGAGUGAUUAUUCUUCUAUGGCUACGCUUCAGAAUAAUAGCCAAACGGCAGGAUUUGCGGCUGCUGUACAACGUGCUAGCUUGAUUGCGGCUAAAAUUGGUGGAGGUGGAAGCAAGAGGCCUCUCGAAGACGGAUCCGAACCGAGUGCAAAAAAAUUGGCGCCAGUGGAUUCAGGAUUUCCUCAACAGCAACAAUCAAUGAGUGCAACAGCGGCAGUGGCAGCAGUUGCGGCGGCAGCAGCAGCCCGUAUUUCUUCAAAUCCGAGUGUUCCACCAGCACCUCCAGCUGGUGGCCCGCCUAACCUUAUGCAAGAUCAGCAAAUCAAUGAUUACAUCCGUGUGCCUGACAAGAUGGUUGGAUUAAUCAUAGGUCGUGGUGGAGAGCAAAUCACGCGUCUUCAAGCGGAGUCUGGCUGCAAGAUCCAAAUGGCCCCAGAUUCUGGUGGCCAACCUGACCGUCUGUGUACACUUACAGGUUCUAGAGAAGCCAUCGCUCGUGCAAAAGACCUGGUGAACCAGAUUGUGAACCAUCGCGGCCGAGAGAAUGCUCCUCAGUAUCCUGAUAACCAAGGCCCCGGCGGCAACGGCGGUGGUGGUGGUGGCGGUGGUCCGCCCAUGCCUAGACCCGGCGGCGGACUUGCUAUUACGGAUGAAAUUAUGCUUCCUGGCCCUAAAGUUGGGCUCAUUAUAGGAAAAAAUGGCAAGACCAUCAAACAACUUCAAGAACAAUCCGGUGCUAAAAUGGUUGUUAUCCAAGAUGGACCCAAUACUGAGUAUGAGAAACCAUUGCGCAUCUCAGGCGAUCCAUCAAAGGUAGAGCACGCAAAGCAGUUAGUAUAUGAACUGCUGGCAGACAAGGAUAUGCAGCAGGGUGGUCCUAGACCGCAAUAUGAAGAUGGUUAUUCCCAAGAUCAGGGCAAUGGAAUUGGUACCAAUUCUACUGAGGUGCUUGUACCAAAAGUAGCAGUGGGUGUCGUGAUAGGUAGAGGUGGUGACAUGAUCAAGAAAAUCCAGGCCGAAACUGGCUGCAGAGUGCAGUUUCACCAGGAAAGGGAUGAUGGCCCAGGAGAUAAAAGAUGCUACCUGCAAGGCAAACCUCAUCAAGUGGACCAGGCGAGGCAAAUGAUCGAAGAUCUCAUUGCCAGUGUUAAUCGUCGAGAGCAGGACGCGCGCGGAGGGCGCAUGCGUGGUGGUGGUGGUGGCGGCGGCGGUGGCGGCCCGCCACGCAACGGCGACCGCGAGCGUGACUACCAGUGGCAAGAGCAGCAGCCAGAGGUGCGCGUCUCCUUCACUGUCUCCAACGUCAAGUGCGGACUCAUCAUCGGCAGGGGUGGUGAAGUGAUCAAGCAGAUAAACGCGCAGUCCGGCGCCCACUGCGAGCUGGACAGGCGCGCGCAGGCCAACGAUCGGAACAACCGCACUUUCAUCAUCCGCGGCCACCCCGAUGCAGUUGAACAUUGCAAACGCAUUAUUAUGGAAAAAGUUGGAAUGCCGGUGAACUUCGUGGCGGAGGGCAAUGGAGGCGGCAACGGUGGCGCGGGUAACGCGGGAGCUGGUGCGGGCGGGGACAUGUACGGGGGCGCGGCGCCGCCCGGCCCGCCCGCCUGGGGCUACAACCCGCACUGGCACCAGCCCGCGCAGCAGCAGCAACCUCAGCAACAAGUAAACAUAAAUCCAGUAACGGGUCAGCCUGACUACUCACGGCAAUGGAUCGACUACUAUCGCUCACUGGGACUAAUGCAAGAAGCUGAAGCUGUUGAACAACAAGCCAAGCAACAGCAGCAACAAGCGGCUGCGAGCGCGGCUCCGAGCAGCACGCCGGCGGCCGCGGGCGCGGGCGCGGGAGCGGGCGCAGCGGCGGGCGCUGCGGGCGCGGGUGCGGGCGCGGGCGGCGCCGACUACAGCGCGCAGUGGGCCGAGUACUACCGCAGCAUCGGCAAGAUCAAGGAGGCCGAGGCCAUCGAGGCGCAGAUCAAACUCAAGCAGCAGCAGCAGCAGCAGCCGCAGGCGACGCCAGCCACGAGCGCGGGUGCGGGCCCGGCCGCGGCGCCAUCGCCCGCACCGGCUCCCGCGCCGGCCGCCAUGCCGUACGGCGCGCACUACCCCAUGUACCCGCCCGGCGCGCCCAUGUAUCCCGGCUACGCGCCCUACCCCUACCCGCCGGCGCCUGACCACCCCCACCAGCAGUAG